GUGGGGGCCACGCUCUCUCCUGCUCAGGCUGACGUUGACAUCCCCCCCCGCCCCUCACGGAUAUAAACCCGCCCACCUCUCUCCUACGUUUUACCUCCAUCUGGAUUUAUCAGUGCGGGGUUUAACCCUGUGUAGUUAAUCUGGAGGAUGCUAGUGACUAGAUCGGACUGUGUAGUGGUUAGAUAGUGAGCCAGUUUACCCAGUGGGGUGGUCAGUCAGUGGUGACCGCUGUCUUGCCAGCAUCUCAUCAACAUAUCACCUUGUACCUGACCAUCUGCACCUCACCGUCGUAAGUGCAGUUUCUGACCCAUAGUGUGCAUUGAAAUACUAGUGAUUACCAUGUAGCAGUGAUGGUUGUGUGUUGUGGCAGUGGGGAGCAAGGCCGGCAGUGUGCGUACAGCAGCUAACGCCUCCCACCACAAGUGCACACAGUGCAAGUGGCUUGCACACUUUUUGCCGCACCCACAUUGUUUUUGACCCCCAAGUCACUGAAAGGACUUGAGAAGCACCGGGAAAGUGUCAACUAGUGUGCUCAGUGUGACCAUCAGGGCUGUGUUAUACAUAUCAGUAUGCCGAGUGAGUUCUUCGGUGAAGAUGAAGGGUGUCCCAGGAAGUGGUAAAAGCUUAUAUGGCUUAGAAGAGAACAAGUGUUCACGAAGAACAGUUCACGAGUUGUGCGAGAAACGAGCAUGAUGUGUUUUUAAUAAGUUAUUUUCUGGGUUAAAUAUGUGUGGCGUUAGUUGUGGAGAUGAGUGAGUUGACCUGGGCGGGCGUGGGCGGUGCGCGGCCAUGAAGCCCCUGAGUCUGGAGGGUCUCCGGCGGCUGGUGCGGGGCGGCCGGGACAAGCAAGGGCAGCAGCAGACUGACACUCACCACUUCCGCCGCUCCAGCUCCUUCAAGAGGGCCUCCCUCAGGCGAUCUGCCCGCCGGCAUGAGAAAAUUACUCUUCCUAAUGGUUUGGUGGUGAAAACUUCUGCUCUUCAACGAAAGUCUUCGGUGUCCAGCGACGAGCGACGGGACGAUGGUUACUCUACUGACGGCGGCGACGCUGGCGGGUACGGCACGGCCUCGACAGGCUUUCCUCGUCGUGUCAUUACUUACGACGAGUGGAGGGUGGCGGUAAGCGACGAGGACUCCCUCAAGCACACAGACGAGUCCCUCCCAUCUACUCUCUCAACAAAUAAACUGUCGUCGUUAGACUCUGGAGUUCGUCACUCCCUCGACUCCAAGAAGAAGUUCAGCAUCGAGUCAACGAAGCGAUUAAGUUUAGACCGUCGCAAGACCUUGGGUGUAGACAUCGGCCAUCACCUGAGCAGCUGUGGGUCUCCGCUACUAGCGCGAGACCCCCGUCGGGGCCUCGAUGCCCCUAAUUUCCGCCGCAGUGUGUCCGCCGAGUCUCCAGUACCACCGUUGAGGAUAAAAAGCCUCUUGGGGUCUCCUCGCAUAGCCCCCAAGACCCGAGAACCCCCCACCACACCAGCUCGCUCCUUGCACAACACACCCAGUAGAACACGAUCAUGCUACCCGGUAUCGGCGCCGCCUACGCCAGGAAAGACACAUGUGCAGCAUGUGGCCGGGCCCCUCACACCCACACACCAGCUGCGGGCGUCGUGGCACGAGCGGGAGACCCGUCGGUGUGCCGUGCACAUUCCACCUGGUUCACCAAAGUUAGUUCCAGAAGUAAAACCUCAGGGAAGCCCCAAACCCCAGAGUCGGUGGUCGGCUCUGUUCUCCGGCAGCUUCUUCUCUCGGUCCCCCAGCAGGAAGAACCAGCAACAGAUUGAGGCUCAGCAACAGCUGGAAGAACAGCGGCGUCAGCAAGAACAACUUGAACUAGAGAAGCAGCACCACCAUUACUUGUGUAACAGCCAAGUGUGUGGUGGUUCCCCGAUGCUGGUGAGACAGAGAUCAGUACACUCGUGCGAGUCUCCGUCCUUAUUGCGACAUUCAGGAGCCUAUAGUGUGCACCCCAGCGGCCCUGUGAGUCUCGGGGGUUAUGGCGUGGCCAGGGCCCAAGGUGGGCCUCGGCCUCGGAAUGACCUCAACACCAGUGGUCCUCGAAGUCUUGGUGUACCUCCCGGCUACGGAAGCCCGUCUGCCAUACCCCGGCAUCUCGUCCUCGAGUCCUCGCCUAUUCCGCGACAGAAAACUUAUGAGUCAGGAACACUUGGUCGUCAGAUUUCACAUGAUUCUUCAGUAAUUGGCCACCGCUUGUCUCAUGACUCAGGACUGAUAAAUCGACAAGUUUCCCACGAUUCCGUACCAAUUUGUCGUCAAAUUUCUAAUGAAACCAUGCCCAUGUGUCGUCAAAUCUCCCAUGACAGCGGACCCAUGAGUCGUCAGAUCUCCCAUGACAGCGGACCCAUGAGUCGUCAGAUCUCCCAUGACAGCGGACCCAUGAGUCGUCAGAUCUCCCAUGACAGCGGACCCGUGAGUCGUCAAAUCUCCCAUGACAGUGGACCCAUGAGUCGCCAAAUCUCCCAUGACACUGGACCCAUGAGUCGUCAAAUUUCUCAUGAUAGUGGGCCUAUGAGUCGCCAAAUUUCUCAUGACAAUGGACCCAUGAGUCGCCAAAUUUCUCAUGACAGUGGACCUAUGAGUCGCCAAAUUUCUCAUGACAGUGGACCUAUGAGUCGCCAAGUUUCUCAUGACAGUGGACCUAUGAGUCGCCAAAUUUCUCAUGACAGUGGACCUAUGAGUCGCCAAAUUUCUCAUGACAGUGGACCUAUGAGUCGCCAAAUUUCUCAUGACAGUGGACCUAUGAGUCGCCAAAUCUCCCAUGACAGUGGACCUAUGAGUCGCCAAAUCUCCCAUGACAGUGGACCCAUGAGUCGCCAAAUCUCCCAUGACAGUGGACCUAUGAGUCGCCAGAUUUCUCACGAUAGUGGACCAAUGAGUCGCCAAAUACAUGAUUCUGGACAGAUGAAUCGUCUAAUUUCUCAUGAUACAGUGCCUGUGAGUCGCCACAUGCCUCACGAUACAGUACCGAUGAGCUGCCUCACUUCUGAGAGUGGACCCAUGACUCACCACUAUUACGAGCCCGUGCCUCUAACCCGGCACCUGUCACACGAGCCUCCAGCACCAAGCUCGCCUGCCUUGCUGCAGAGGCACCGUUCCAUACCUCCCUCUGGACUGCAUUCGCCAGUGUUUCGGCCACGUCCCCACUCCUCUCCGGCUACAACACACUCUCUUAAGGCCCUUCAAGUGCUAGGUGAAGCCGCAAGUGUGGUCAACUCUUCCCAGUUUUACCCUGGAAGGCUUUCCAGCACCUGCUUUGGUAGUGGCAUGCCUUCUGCCUCGACAAUAGCAUAUCGUCCCUCAUCGAGUGACCGCACGUCCUCUCGUACAAGCUCCCAGGAGCGCCCCGUUCCGCCCAUCCCGCCCAUUCCACCCGUCCCAACCCACCGCCCACGGACGCCCGUGUCCAUGAUUCGCCACGCCGUCCACCCUGGCCGCCCUUUGUCGUUGGCCAUGUCUGCAGCCCCUCCUUGUCCAGACCUUAUUAGCCCUGCUAGUGUAACAAGUGAGGCAUCCAGCCGGGCCGGAAGGAGGAGGCGAGGGCCGGGUCUUCUUGUCGGUCGAGCCAGCUGGCUUUCCAGAGCUGCUUCAGGAAGAAAAUCAUCACGAAAAGUCCGGCGGACGAAGAAGGCAGGGCAACAGCUUCAGCGUCAAGAAGGCUUUCAGAGUGAAGAGCUUGAUGAGCGAGUCCCUGGCCGGGCCGGACGGGCUCUUGGUCCUGAGGCUUACCAGGUAUUAAGAGACCGUCAAUCUCCAGUGCCUCAACUCAACCCUAUGGUGUUUGUUCCUCCCCAGCGACGUCGUUCCUCAGGUGCUAUCAAGAUCCAACACACGCUCCUCCGUCGUCUAGAUGUCCCAGAAAUCCGUACUGCUCACGCUCAUCUCCUCAUGCCCCUAAACCAGCCUGUUGGCUCUCACAUGGUCGACGGAAGAAGUCAGAAAGCUGCUCAGCUGGUUCGCUCUAUGUUAGAAGAAGAUGAGCAAGAGGGAAAUGAUGAUGGUGAGGGUGUAAGGGACACAGCCAGUGAACCAGGAGGUGCCAAGUUCAGUGUCAAGCCUGGUAAAAAGCCCAAAUCAGAGCCUAGCACUGCACGCCUCAAUUUGCGAGUAGCUAAAAACCCAGAGCUUAUUCUGCGGGCAUUGGGUGUCAUUGCAAAACUCGGCAAAUCUAAGCCGGAGCAAGGUCACGAACAGCUGCCAAACGAGGCAGCCAACGAAAGGAUUAUCACCCAGUUACUCCUGCAGGAUCUGACACAGGACAAGUCUGGGCAAGGGUCGCUAGUGGGGAGUGCCGAGUCGCUGGUGGAGUCGAUGGUGAGCAGCCGGGGAAGUAAUGGAACAACAAAGCCCAUCCGUCGGGUGCGAAGGAAAAAGUCUCAAAAACGUCAGCCAACAGUUCCAGCCUACCCGUCCUGGAAGCGCACCCCCAGACUACGCUCUCCGCGAGGGAACAAUGGAGACAUCACGCAGAAGGGCUAUGAGAAGAAGAAAGCGCGCCUCCUCCAUCCAUAUGUCAUCAAGGACCCCGGCCAUGCCUCCCACCAGGCAGCACUGCACGCGCAACACUCCAGCGGCGCCAGCAGCCGCAGCCGCCGCACUGAACAUCGCAGCGUCACCACUCACGAGCGGCGCUACCUCUCAGAGGUGCGUCAAGAGGCGGUAAAAGAGGCCCUUGCACAGUAUCAGACUCGCCCCAAGAACCUCCCACUACCAUCCAAGCGAUCUUCGGUUAUGACAGCAAGAUCCCCGGACAGACAUCACAGAGAUUCUGACUCGGAAGACAGUGAUGAAGACAGUGUGACAGCAGAGGGCAGCUUGGGCAGUAGUGGGGGCCACAGUGGUUCACAGGGCACACCAGAGGUGACACGCACCCCAUUACUGCUGCCACCCCCACAGGUUCCUGCACAUGGUAGUGGGGGAGGAACACCAGCAAGCAGCUCUGGCAGUAGUCACCACACACCCCCACCACACCCACUUCCACCCAAACAACAGCAACCGCUUCCCCCCAUACCACCACACAGCCUCAGCAAUGGUGGUGAGGAAGAACGCAGAAGAAGAGAGAUGACAGAAGUAACAGAUCUGAUGCGUAAUAUUACCUCAUUUUCUCAACCCCCUGAUGUGACAAACAACACUGGAGGGGGCAACAAUCGUGCACCACGAGAUGACCGCAUUACCCGCUAUUCUGGUCCAGCUCCUGGUAGACAGUCUUCCUCAGAUGCUGACUCAGACGGAUGGCGAGACGCUCUAUAUCAUUUUCCAGAAAAUUGGCGUGGAACUGGCCGCUGGAAAGUUUCCAACAAGAUUCAGCAGCUUUUAAACACGCUAAAGAGACCAAAGAGAAGACCUCUACCAGAGUUUUACUUGGAUGAUGAAGAAGACCUUGAAAUUGCUGCUAAUCCCAAAGACCCUAAUGCUCCCAAGCCGGAGGGUAUGGUCAUGACACCGGCUCGUGGGGAACAACUGGUGAUUCCUGCUGGAUUGCCACGAUCUGUGGAAGAUGCAGUUUAUCGCUAUGGGUCAUCCUCAGGAUAUAAAGCUCCAGUCGCCACAAUAUUGGAUGCAAAUGGCAAACUGUCUGUGUCCCUUACUUAUGGCAAGCUACUGAGUAGAUCACAAAAGAUGGCAUAUAACCUCCUAACACGUCUUGGUGGCCGUGGGGAGGGUACAGUUAUGCCUGGUGACCGUGUUGCCCUCGUUUACCCUAAUAACGAUCCUGUAUCCUUCAUGUGUGCAUUUUAUGCGUGUCUACAGGCAGGACUUGUUCCUGUACCGAUCGAAGUUCCUUUGUCAAGACGAGAUGCUGGAUCACAGCAGAUUGGUUUCCUCUUGGGAAGCUGUGGUGUUUCAGUGGCUCUUACUUCAGAAGCUUGUUUCAAGGGCAUUCCAAAGACUAGUGCUGGGGAAGUGGUAUCUUUUAAAGGGUGGCCAAAGCUCACAUGGUUUAUUACUGACCACUUGCCAAAACCUCCAAAAGACUGGCAAACACCUCCUAGACACUCUGAUGACACUGCUGCAUAUAUUGAGUAUUGUACAGACAAAGAUGGUUCAGUGAAAGGUGUAGUGGUAACAAGAUCAGCAAUGCUAGCCCACUGCCGUACCUUAACUUCGGCGUGUAAUUACACGGAGGGAGAAGUUGCUGUUUGUGUCCUUGACUUUAAGCGAGAGGUUGGGCUGUGGCACUCAAUGUUGUGUUCUGUGUUUAAUGGAAUGCACGUAAUCUUCAUUCCAUACUCGGUAAUGAAAGUCAACCCAGCUUCUUGGAUGCAUAUGAUCACCAGAUUUAAAGCAAGCAUAGCCAUUGUGAAGUCUCGUGACCUUCACUGGGGGCUGUUGGCCACCAAAGACCACAAGGAUGUUAGUCUUCAAUCAUUGCGUCUGCUUUUGGUAGCUGAUGGAGCCAACCCAUGGUCCCUUUCAUCGUGUGAUCAGUUCCUUGCUGUAUUCCAAAGUAAAGGGCUUCGUCCAGAUGCCAUUUGUCCUUGUGCAUCAUCUCCAGAGGCUCUAACUGUCUCUGUUAGGAGACCAGGUCAUGGAGGUGCCAAUGCUGUAGGUCGUGGAGUGUUGAGCAUGCAGGGGCUCAGUUACGGUGUAGUACGUGUGGACCAAGAAAAUUCACUCACCUCCCUCACACUCCAAGACUGUGGACAAGUUUUACCAGGUGCAGGCGUUGCAGAACGUGUGGAAGAUGCCAUGACUCAAGAAUGUCCAAAAACAAUGAUCAUAGUUGUCAAGUUAGAAGGCCAACCUUUUCUGUGUCGAACGGAUGAAGUCGGAGAGAUCUGUGUGGCUGGUGGAGCUGUUGGUGACCAGUACUGGGGUCUUCAGGGGAUGACCAACACCACUUUCAAAGUUCAGCCUCUGCUCCCAGACAACACACCAAUGUCAGACAGUUCUUCAUUUGUCAGGACAGGCCUUCUUGGAUUCUUAGGACCAGGUGGACUAGUAUUUGUGUGUGGUUCCCGGGAUGGACUAAUGACUGUCACUGGCCGCAAGCACAAUACAGAUGACAUCAUUGCCACAGUCUUGGCAGUAGAACCAAUGAAAUUUAUUUACCGAGGUCGUAUUGCUGUGUUCUCCCAUAGAGUUUUAAGGGAUGAAAGAAUAUGUGUUAUAGCUGAACAGAGACCAGAUUGCUCAGAAGAGGAGAGCUUCCAGUGGAUGUCUAGAGUGCUUCAAGCAGUUGAUAGCAUCCACCAAGUGGGCAUAUACUGCUUAGCACUUGUACCACCAAAUCACCUUCCUAAAACACCACUUGGAGGGAUCCACUUAUCAGAAACACGCAAGAAGUUCCUGGAAGGGUCAUUGCAUCCGGCCAAUGUUCUGAUGUGCCCGCACACCUGCGUCACCAACCUGCCCAAGCCCCGGGAGGUUCAUCACGGUAAUUAUGUUGGACCAGCGAGUGUAAUGGUAGGAAACCUGGUGCAAGGCAACAGAUUAGCUAGUGCACAGGGCCGGGACAUGGGGCUCAUGGAUAAUGAAGAUGGCAUGAGAAGGCACCCUCAAUUCAUUGCUGACAUUCUAAAGUGGCGGGCAUCGACUACAGAAAAUCAUGAAAUUCUAACACUACUCAACUCUAAAAGCCAAGUUGCUACGUCACUCACUUGUGCCCAGCUCCAUAAAAAGGCAGAACGUGUAGGCUGCCUGUUACUGGAGAAAGGUCAUAUAAACACUGGUGAUCACGUAGCACUUAUUUAUCCACCUGGAGUGGAUCUAAUAGCAUCUUUUUAUGGUUGCCUAUAUGUGGGUGCUGUACCAGUCACUAUCCGCCCUCCGCACCCACAGAAUCUACAGUCAACAGUUAACACAGUUAGAACUGUGGUAGAUGUAUCUAAAUCUUCAAUUAUUUUAUCUACACUGACUGUUAUCAAGCUAUUAAAGAGCAAGGAAGAAAAGUUUGACAGUGGUAAGAAGUGGCCACCAAUUCUAGACACAGAUGACCUACCAAAGAAACGCCUGCCCUCUAUAUAUAAGGCUCCUACACCGGAGAUGAUUGCCUAUUUGGAUUUCAGUGUUUCCACCACAGGAAUGUUGGCAGGCAUCAAAAUGUCACAUGGGGCAGCAACUUCUUUGUGUCUUAGUAUGAAGGUUGCUUGUGAACUCUACCCAUCAAGAGUGGUGGCACUGUGCUUAGAUCCAUACUGUGGUCUUGGUCUGGCACUAUGGGUCCUCUCAUCUGUAUAUUCUGGGCAUCAGUCCAUUCUCAUUCCUCCUGGUGAGGUUGAGCUAAAUCCCUCCUUAUGGCUAUCGGCUGUCUCUCAGUACAAAGUGCGUGACACCUUCUGUUCAUAUGGAGUCAUGGAAUUGUGCACAAAGGGUCUAGGAUCGUCCAUUGUCCUGCUUAAGCAACGUGGUGUUAAUCUAGCAUGUGUAAGAACGUGUGUAGUUGUAGCAGAAGAACGGCCUAGGGUCCAACUCACCAAUUCUUUCUCCAAGCUAUUUUGUGGCCUUGGUUUGUCUCCCCGAGCAGUAUCAACAAGUUUUGGCUGCCGUGUGAAUGUAACAAUCUGUCUACAAGGAGCAUCUUCACCAGACCCAACUACUGUGUAUGUUGAUCUCAGGUCCCUCAGACAUGAUAGGGUAACAUUAGUGGAGAGGGGUGCCCCACAUUCAUUAUGUAUCAUGGAGUCUGGAAAACUUCUGCCCGGAGUAAAGGUAGUUAUUGCCAAUCCUGACACUAAGGGACAGUGCUCAGAUUCUCAUCUUGGUGAGAUAUGGGUUCAGUGUAAUCAUAAUGCAAGUGGCUACUUUACAGUGUAUGGGGAUGAUGGUACUGCCAAUGAUCAUUUCAAUGCCCAGCUUGUGACAGGUAAUACAGGAGAGACAUAUGCUCGCACGGGUUACCUUGGCUUCCUUCGCCGGACUGAAUCGGUUCAAGCAGAUGGAGAACUUCAUGAUGCAGUGUUUGUUGUUGGUGCAUUAGAUGAGACUGUUAUUUUGCGAGGAAUGCGUUAUCAUCCCAUCGAUAUUGAAAUGACGGUGAUGCGAUGCCACAAGAAGAUCUCAGAAUGUGCAGUGUUCAACUGGACCAACUUGUUAGUGGUGGUUGUGGAGUUGGACGGUGCAGAGUAUGAAGCUCUGGAUCUUGUACCACUCAUCACUUCAUCCGUCCUAGAAGAACACCAAAUCAUCGUUGGCGUUAUUGUAGUUGUGGACCCAGGUGUGGUUCCCAUCAAUUCACGUGGAGAGAAGCAGCGCAUGCAUCUUAGGGAUGGUUUUCUGGCAGACCAGCUUGACCCUAUUUAUGUUGCUUAUAAUAUGUAAAUAAUGUGUAGUUCUAGGCCAGGCUGAAAAAAAAAAAAGACAUCCAAAUGUUUGGAGUAAGUAUUUAAGUUUCAUGUCUUUUUGACAAAUAAUUUUGUCAAAGUUGAACUCUGAAACUGAAGAAAUAAGAUUUUAUAUGUAUGAAAAUAAACCUAGUGUCAUUUAUAUUACACAAAGGACAGAAGUUAUAUUUUAUCCUAGAGGAUAAAAAACAGUGAAUUUCUUGUGGAUUAUCAACCUUAUUAUAUAGGCAUUUGAAAUAAUCCACAACAGUAGCCAUAUAUAAUGAGUUGUGCGAGAGAAAUGCAUGAAAAUCAAUUAAUUUUUACAUUUAUAUUUCUUGUCUUAACAGAUAAUGGAAACCUGGAAACAAGAUUUAUUUUCAGUUUUUUACAAGUGCCAUGUGCAGCCUUUUACGAUUGCAUUUGUAGUGUGAUAUAAUUCAAGUGAAUUCAGUCAUGGACUUCAGUAGAUAUAUAUUAAUAGCUUGUGAUAGUUUUUGUGAGUUUUUUUAGAAAAUUUAAUAGAAAUAUUGCAACUUAGAUUUAAUUGGUAUCAAGAUGAAUGAAUGCAUUUCAAGUCAUUUAUUGACCUGAGGUAAUGUUUGCCACAUCAAGUAGCCAAAUAGUGUACAUAGUUAUAUCUUGGCUUCUACUCAGGCCAUUGUACAUAGGGUACAUUACCUAUUACCACUUUAUUUAGUCUUAUGAGUGGCUUUUUCAGCAAUAUAUAUAUAAAUAGUAAAUGACUCCAGUUGUUGGCACAACCAGAAAGCAAAUGCUGAAAAGUCCACUCAGAAUCACCAGGCUCUGUACAUUUGUAUAGCAGUAGAAAUAUUCGUUAAAGUCUUAAAAUGCUAAGCGAACAGUUGCUUUGGUUACUACAAAGUUCCUAGUGUCGCCAGGCAAAUCCAGAACCCAGAAGAAAGAAAUAUUUCCCAUUUUUACUGUAAGGUGUCAUGUCACAAAAUGUAUUUAUACCGAGAUGCCAUUUUUUGGAUCAUGUUGCGUAUAUUUUAAAUGUUAAAACUAAAAGCCAUUUGUAAAAUUUUUGUGUAUAUUGUAACUGUUCUACUGUACCUUAUAUGCAUCAUGGGAACUUGCAUUGGGUGAGGAGGAAAUAAUUAUAGUGUAGACUUUGACGAGAUACGCAGUGCACCUUGAGACGAUGUUACAUUAUCUACAGAUUUUAUAUAGAGUUUACCUUUGUGUGAAAUGGUGGGAGAUUUUUUUUAUUUUAUUUCAUAUUUGCUUUAGAGGUAUGAAAGUAUUUUUGUCAAACAUGGCUCAAAUAAUUUUUGUUAUGUAAAGUACGACAAUAUUUGUGGUAAAAAUAUUGACCAUAUUUGGGGGUAUCUUUACUAUUGUCAUAUUGUUAAUUUUAGCCUUUGUACACAGAAAUAAUUUGUUUUUAAGCCUAUACAGUGUUCAGUUUGAUUGAUAAUUAUUUGUAAUCAGCCAUGCUUAUUAGAUGGGUAUUAAUUAAACAAAAAUUUGCAUGUGUAAAUCCCCUCAUAGUCAUAAACUGUCGUGUUUUGAAACAUUGUGGAGUUUUUGUCCAAUUAAAGUGUAAAGUUGGAUCGAGUAUUUAUCUUAUAUUUGGAAUUUUUAUAUAAAAUGAUCUCUAUACUUUUCCACGUAUGAUAAUGAAUGGUAUGGAAUCACCUACGUAGCUGUUUUACCCUAAGUCAGUCACUUUGAUUUUGAAGUUUAAAUUUGUUGUCUGUGCCGUCUAGAUAAGCACUAUUGUUUGUAGUAUUGCAAGUGCAAUGAUUAACUGAUAAAAAGAUUGUAUAGGUGCAAUGAAUAUAAGUAAUUUAAUAAAAACAAAAACAGAUAAGUAUGUCUGAUUGGAUGAAGAAUUCCUUGUAAUAAUUACAUAUAUAAUUUUUUUUACUUUUUUUAUUUAUCGGUUAACUUUUUUUUUAAGUGACUGAGUGGAGUUCUAUGCUCAACUUCAAAACUUUUGCGUACUGUCGUCUACUGUCGCUUUCUGAAUUUUUUAGGGUUCCAGAGCAGCUGCAAGUAUUCUGUUUUGUAUACUGUCUCUAACAAACAGUACAAGCAAUAAAUGUCAAAAGAAAA